AUGGCGGCGUACUCGUAUGACGAGUCGGGCAAUAUGGCCCUGUACUUUGUCAUCACCUUUCUUUUCAUGAUCCUGGUUCCGCUUACGCUGUCCGCGCGUCCAUCUCGUGCGGCUCAAAAACAACCUGCGGCGCGUGCGCAAUGCGAGUGCGGUCCGUGCGUGGAACAGAGGAAGAAGAUCAAGACACUGGAGGGCGCGGCGUGGCGACAGGUCACGGUGACCAAGAAAACCGUCUUCUUGGUCGUCGGAUGGAUUGUCUUAAUUGGACUCUCGAUCAAGAUGUACUACACUAAGACUGAGAGCUCUGUCUACAACCCGUACGAGAUUCUGGGUAUCAGCAUGGGAUCGACGGAGAAGGAGAUCAAGAAGCAUUACAAGAGGCUCUCCUUGAAGUUCCACCCGGACAAGGUCAAGCUUGCGGUUAACCAAACCAUCGAAGAGGUCUCCACGUACUUCGUCGACCUCACAAAGGCUUACAAAUCGUUGACCGACCCAGAGAUCCGCAAGAACCUCGAAGAAUACGGCAACCCCGACGGCCGCCAAGAAAUGAGCAUGGGCAUCGCUCUCCCGAAAUGGAUCGUCGAAGCUCAAAACAACAUCUGGGUCCUCGCCGCCUACGGCCUCAUCUUCGGCGGCGCUCUCCCCGCCAUGGUCUACAACUGGUGGUUCGGCUCCCGUCAAAAGACCAAAGACGGCGUCUUCAACGAUACGGCCGCUGCAUUCUUCAAAGCUGUGCAGGAGACGAGCGAGAUGCCAGAUGUUGUUAAGGCGUUGGGGCAGGCAGCGGAGUGGAAGAAGGUCGAGCUCAAGAGCGCGAAGGCGGAGGAGGAGCUGAAGGCGCUCGAGAGUCAGAUUGCGGAGAAGCUUAGGGAUGGGUGGAAAGAUGUUCGGAACUCUAUCCCGGACAACGAGGCUGGGCGUAUUCGUGCAUUGGUCUUGCUAUACGCACAUUUGCUUCGCCUGCCCGUCAACGACCCGACUCUCCAAGCAGCCCAGGCACGCGUAGUCCUACACACGCCCGCGCUACUCAACGCAUACCUCAACAUAUCCGCACCACGCAACUGGCUCGCGCCGAUGCUCGCCGCAAUGAAGCUCCAGGCAUACCUUGCCCAAGCCGUCUCCCCCGACCUCACAGGCUCGAGGGCCCUCCUCGCGCAACUACCUGUCGACGAAAAGGACGCGGCGGAGAUUCAGGCCAGCGAUAUCACCGGCAUCGCGAAAGCUUUGCAGGAGAAGGGCGAUGCGCAUAGCGAGGAUGUUCUCAAGGUUGCAAACCGCUGGGGCAAAGCCGUGAUUGUCGACGCCGCGUUCAAAGUCAUCGGCGAGAAGACCGUCACGCCCUCCGCACUCAUCCACCUGGUCGUCAAACUCCGCCUAGUACCUUCAACACCCAACACCACCAACGGCUCCCUCAAACCCUCCCCCGAAGAGCCCACAAUGACGCUCAAAGAAGAAGAAGCCUUCCUCCAAGACCCCAAAGACGCCGAAGACCUGCCCGCGGGAUCCGACGCCCUAGGAGCCGCGCAUGCCCCGCACUGGCCCGGCCAGCGCAAACCCAGCUGGUGGAUCGUUCUUGCGGACCCCAGACAACACCGCGCCGUCAUUCCACCGCAGAAGAUCACGGAUAUUCCGUUUGGGAAGAGCAGGGCUUAUAAGCUCAAGUUUAAUGGGCCGCCUGGGACGGGCGUGUUCCCGUGGAGGAUUAUGGUCGUGAGCGAUACGUUCAUUGGGGAGGACGUGUCGACGGAUAUCACUCUCCGCGUGGAGGAAGUGAGCGACGCGCAGGACGAGGAAGAUGAUAUCUCAGACCCUGAGGAGGAUACUCUUGCGGGACAGAUGGCUGUCAUGAGGGGUGGAAAGGUUAAGGCUGUUAGGGCUGAUGAGAGCGAUGAUGAGAGUACUACUGACGAUGAUGGGAAGGGUGGGGACAGCAGUAGUGAUAGCGAUAGUGACUAG